AUGAAAUACUCCUUCGUUACUCUGGCCGCGGUGGCCGGAGCCGCACUCGCGGCACCUCCGCCGUCCGCCAUCGACAACUUCGGCCCGGAUUUCUUCACCCCUUUCUGCAACCUCGACUACAAGGGCAAGCCAUGCGAGGAGCUCGUUGGCAAGGGCGACAAGAACGCUGAUGCCAUCUGCAAGGCUGGCCGUGAGCACUUCUGCGGUCCUAAUCAGAAGCGUGAUGCUGUCCCUGAGCCUCAGCCUGACCCUGUUGCUGAUCCGAUGCCCUGGUGUACUUGGCGUGGACAGCCGUGCUGGAAGGAGAAAAUGAAGGCUAAGCGUGAAGCUAUUCCCGAGCCUAUUGCAGCUCCUCAACCUGAUCCCGUCGCUGAUCCUAUGCCUUGGUGUACCUGGCGAGGACAGCCCUGUUGGAAGGAGAAGAUGAAGGCCAAGCGCGAGGCUAUCCCCGAGCCUGUCGCAGUCCCUCAACCCGAUCCUGUUGCCGACCCCAUGCCCUGGUGCACUUGGCGCGGCCAACCUUGUUGGAAGGAAAAGAUGGCUAAACGAGAGGCCAUCGCGGAGCCAGUUGCUGCACCCCAUCCUGACCCAGUUGCCGAGCCGAUGCCGUGGUGCACUUGGCGAGGCCAGCCAUGCUGGAAGGAAAAGAUGAAGGCUAAGCGUGAAGCUGAAGCUAUUCCCGAGCCCAUCGCCGCUCCUCAACCCGACCCCGUUGCCGACCCCAUGCCAUGGUGUACCUGGAGGGGCCAACCCUGCUGGAAGGAGAAGAUGGCUAAGCGUGAGGCUAUUGCCGAACCUGUCGCCGCUCCUCAGCCUGAUCCUGUUGCUGAACCUAUGCCCUGGUGUACCUGGAGAGGCCAGCCUUGCUGGAAGGAGAAGAUGAGAAUGGCCAAGCGAGAGCCUGAGCCCGUUGCUGCCCCUCAACCUGAUCCAGUUGCUGAGCCCAUGCCUUGGUGCACAUGGCGCGGGCAGCCCUGCUGGAAGGAGAAGAUGAAGCUCAAGACCCGCGAAGCCGCUCCCGCCGCUGAGCCCCAGCCCAAGCCUUGGUGCAUGUGGCGUGGACAACCAUGCUGGAAGAAGACCAAGCGCGCCGCUGCCCCUGAACCCGCCCCCGAGGCUGAGAAUGAACCUAGAUGGUGCAUGUGGCGAGGCCAGCCUUGCUGGAAGAAGACCAAGCGUGAUGCUACUCCUGAGCCUUGGUGCAUGUGGCGUGGCCAGCCCUGCUGGAAGACUAAGCGCGACGCUGCUCCCGAGCCCUGGUGUAUGUGGCGAGGACAGCCAUGCUGGAAAGCCAAGCGUGAUGCCGGUCAAGCUCUCUCCAACGCCCUCCACGCGACUCGAUCCCUUGACACCCGAUCCGCCGACACCCCCAGCACCGCUCAUCUCCCCCGCGACGCCGCCCACAAGGCCAAGCGCUCCAUCGUCGAGCUCGCCAACCUGAUCGCCCUGUCUGCGCGUGGUAGUCCCGAAGAGUACUUCAAGAGCCUCGAGCUCGAGACCUUCUUCCCUGAUGCUGCUCCCAACGCUACCGCCAAACGCGACCUCAACACUCUUCAGGAGGAUAAGCGCUGGUGCAUGUGGCGAGGACAGCCUUGCUGGAAGGCCAAGCGCGCUGCCGAGGCAGUUCUCGAUGCCGUCGAUGGCGAUGAUGGUGCUACUGGUCCUGGAGGUCCCGACUCUCACUACGAUACUCGGGAUUUCAAGUCUGAGAACUUUGCGGCUAAGCGGGAUCUAAUUGCCAUCAAGGCAGCAGCUCGCAGCAUUGCCGACAUGCCCGAGGAAUAA